AUGGCCACCCUCGACCUGUCCAACCCGGCCCUCGAGCUCUCGUUCCUCCCGACCCAACUCUCCGUCAUCCAGCUCGCGCCGUCUCGAGCGAUCCCGCCCAAGCUCGUCGAGGCCGUCACUUCAGCAGGGCCAGACGACUUUGUGUCCAUCACCCGCUGCCCCGACGAGAUCUCGGUCAUCCUCGCGACGACGCUCCUCGACGAGCUCUACCCUCCAACGGCAAAGGAGCAGCCCGUCGAGUCGCUCGGACCCUGGGUCGCUGUCAAGGUCAAAGGACCGAUGGACCUCUCGCUCACGGGCAUCUUGCACGAGCUCUCGCGCCCUCUCAAGACCGCCAGCGUCCCGAUCUUCGCUUCGUCGACGUGGAACACCGACUACGUCCUGAUCGAGGAGCGCCACAAGGGGGCGGGCCGUGCGGCACUCGAGGAGGCCGGGUGGAAGUUUGCGGCCUGA